AUGGCUGAAGCUAUAGGCGUGGCUGGCAGUAUUGUCGGGCUCAUUCAAUUCACUGGUACUAUUUUCAAACUCGUCUUCAACUUUUGCAAAGAAGUUAAGGAUGCACCGAGGAAAGCUCAAGAGCUUGUGAGCUUGAUUAGAGACCUCGCUGGCAUGCUUGAGAGCCUCAGGCUUCUAGGCACGGCACUAGAGGCGAACAACCCGAAGUCUUUUUUGAGACCCCAGCAUCUUCAGUCAUUCAAAGAAAUUCUUCUCCGCAUCUCUAAACCAAUUAAUGAAGCCCAAAGCGAUUUUGAUAGUGGUAAAGGAGUAACGAAACUUCGACGUCGUUUAAAAUGGCCCUUUACUCUGCCCGAGACCAACAGUCUUUUCUCAGAUCUUCAAGAGCAUCGUGCUAAUAUCCAACUGGCGCUUUCCGCGGACAGCAUGGAUACUCUAUUGCAUAUCCUUGAAAGACAAGAUACAAUACAGAGAACACUAGAACGGAAAGUCAGUUUCGAUAUACGGGUGCAGCUCGAUAAGAAACGCAAAGACAUUAUGAAUUACUUCCUUGUUGUCAACCCUCAAACAUACCUUGAUAUCAGCAGUGAGCUUCGCCACGAAGCAACUGGGCUAUGGUUGACAGAAAGGACCCCGGAAUUUGCAAAUUGGAAGAGCGGCUUAAACUCCAGACUUUGGCUAAGCGGAAUUGCCGGAGGCGGAAAGACAGUUCUGUGCGGACUUGUAAUUGAGACUCUUCUUGAAGAAAGCAACCAAGACACCGCAGUCUGCUACGCCUUUUGCGAUUACAAGACCCCAGAUACAUGGUCCCCUUCAAACAUCAUCGCUGCGCUCAUAGUUCAGCUUGGGCUACAGAGUGAGGAGGCUUUCGAGUAUCUUGAAGAAUACUAUAACGACCUUCACGCAGGGGAUAAGCUACCAGGGCGGCCCAAGAUCGACAGACUUGUAGAAGUCUUCAAACUAUCAGCAGAGGCCUAUGAUAAAGUGUUUAUCAUAGUGGAUGGUCUUGAUGAAUGUGGCACAAACAUCUCGGAGAUGACUUUGAGGCUUAAGUCUCUUGUCGAUGACUCUCCUUCUAUCAGUGCUGCAUUUUUCAGCCGCCCAGAAGAUGAGAUUAGUGACCACUUAAGCACCAGCUUUGAGCACAUUAAGGUUUUUGCUGACAUGAAGGACUUGGAGGAUUUCACUGUGACGGAGGUUGGUAAAAGACAACAACUCAGAAAACUUAAGCACAAAAAGCCGGACCUAUAUGAAGAAAUCUUACGCACACUCGUGCAUGGCGCACAAGGGAUGUUUCGGUGGGUGGCCUGCCAAAUCGAUCACAUUUGUGAUCAACCAAGUCAAGGUGCUUUGAGACGAGCACUGAAAAUUCUGCCAUCAACCCUAUUUGAAACAUACGAUCGGGUCAUUGAAAAACUCAUGAAGUAUGAUGCAGAAACGCAGGCAUGUCUUCGAAAGAUCCUUCAGUGGACUGCACUCAAGGAGCCCAAAUUGACGAUACCUGCUUUAUGUGAAGCCGUGUCGAUCAAACCGGGAGUCGAGCAUAUAGAUGACGGUGACGUCAUCGAGCCAGAUGCGAUAUCCCGUCUUUUUGGGUGUCUUUUACAUAAAUCUCUGGAUGGGAAGUUCUUCGAGUUCUCUCACUUCACAGUUCUGGAGUACCUGGAGACAGAGCAGGCCGGUGAAUACCGUUUUAGGGAACACCUGGCAUACCAAUCAUUUGCAGAAACCGCGGUUACGUUUCUGUUGUUAAAUGAAGUUGCGAGGAAUCCGAGCUACGACCGGGGAGCUGAGCGUUCCUACCAGUCGCAGAGGGAUCUAGAACAUCCCUUCUACCAAAUCGCUGUAGCUGUGCCUCUCCACUUUCUGGAACAAAAAUAUCCUUAUCUGGCUCGAACCGCAGUCCUUGAGGAGGAACCAGUUCUCGGUCUAUUGAAGCAACUAUUCGAGAGAGGAAAACGACACCAUUUCCGGAGCUGGGUUUAUAAAGCUUUCCUGGCGGAGUUCCCCCUUCAUACCAUUUUUACUAUGAUGGAUGAUCCGUUACUUGUUGCCUCAUAUAUAUUGAGCCCGCGGCUCUGCGAGUUCCUUUUGCAGAGAGGCAUGGACCUCGGCAAGGCAGUCAUAAGUACUAGCCCGCUAGCUCAAGCAAUCUUCUCGAUUCGAGACGAAUCCAUAAUCAGUAGCAGCUCUGGCACAUUUUGGACUCGGCGACAGACUGAGGUCUUAAGGAUACUCUUAGACCAUGGAGCCGAUCUUGAGUUAACCCUGGACAGUAAAAGCUGCUUGGCAUACGCAUUUACACACCUCUCAAGCUCGGUUCUUGUUCCUUUCGUUCGCGCCACAACUGCCGUACCAGUAGAUGCUAUAGAAGCAUUCUUUGGUCGCACAUGGAAUAACGACCACGAUAAUCAACUUCUGGUGUCUAUUCUGCUGUUAUCUGACGGGAAAGAUACUCCUCCUCAGUGGAAGCCCAUCACAGAACAAGCAAUAAAGUACGCGCAAAGGCGAGACCUGUCAAUCCCAGCCAACCUAUCAGUCUCCAUCUACAGUGACUCUGAAUAUGUAGAUAAGUUGGCUAUAGCUAUCAAGAAUGGCUCUGUUGACAGCUUGGAAAUACUUGUUGACGACCGUCGCUUCCCUGACGACGCUCGAGGCUGCGAGGAACCCGCCUUCCGACUUCUAAGCUCAGAGGAGGACGAAGUGUUUCCACCUUCAUCUCAGAUAUUCAAGAUACUCCUUGACUUGGGACUCAACCCAAAUGCGGUAGACUCCUCCAACAGAAGCUUCCUUCACAUUUGCUGCCAAAAUAACAACGUAGGUGUUAUCGAUCUUCUUCUCUCCCAUGGAGCUGAUCCGUCGCUGAAAGACAAAGCGGGCCAGACGGCUUGGCAUGCUGCUGCUUCUGAAGGGAGUUGUGAAGUCCUGUCUUUUCUGCUUUCGAAAGAUAUACACGCUAUCGAUAACCUAGCGAGUCAUGAUUUGAAUGGAAGGACGCCAUUCCAUGCCUCUCUCGCAAAUGGGCAAGCUCAAUCCUGCCUGUUCCUUCUCAACCAAUGCCAAUCGGAACCAAAUAUAUUCCAACUUGAUCACACGGCCUUGAAUCACGCAGCAACGAUUGGAUCUGAGAAGCUUUUCACUGCCAUCUUAAAUGCCAAAGGCUUUGACAAAACGACCACCAAGUGUCAAUCCACACCAAUGCAUUUCUUGAGCGCGACAUGCACAGCUGAGUUUGCUCAGUGGCUGGGUAAAACCUAUGAUCCACUGGCGUUAGAUAAAGCUGGAAAAUCGCCGUUUGAAUUAUUCUUUCAUCGAUGGCUUGUUCAUAAUGAGUUAGCCUAUGAAGACGAGACAUUACCUUUGGAUACUGCAUUAUUGCGGGUUCUUCUUCCCUUGAACUUUCUGUUCGAAAAAGGUGGAAAGCCGGUACAUACUUGGAGUCUCAUAUGCGAUACGUUAGGUCCAGAUAUGAUUUGCUGCUUUGUCGAUUCUCAGUCUGAGUCUUAUGACGUCAGUGAUUCUACAAAUUGCCGUUACUUCUUCUCGGAUACCAUGCAACAGAUCAUAAGCUUCGGGGUGCUCUCCUCCUUUGAAAAUACUAUCAGGAUUCCAGCAGUGGUUCCCCUGAUUAAAGCAUUAAUACCACCUGAAGACGAUAUCCACUUCUGCCAUUGUUCGAUUUCUCCUUUGAUUACCCAAGUCAUGGAUGCUUCAGAACUUUAUCAUUCCCUUGGAGAUUUUGACGACAGUUAUUCAAUCCUAAGAGUGGCCAUGCAAAGAAACCAGCCGGCUUUAGUGUUCACGCUUAUUAACUAUGGCGUUGAUACACAUCGGCUGUUUCCAAAAAUCGCCCAAGUUCCGGCUUCAAGAUCCCCUUUUGAAAUGGCAUGUCUGGGGUCCAAUAUAGAAAUCUUCAGAUUAUUUGUCGACUCUAGCCCUGAACAGAGUUUCAGUAAUGUUGGACCAAGUGGUUCCACACCCCUAGAGAUGGUAGUAAAGGGGACAAGUGAAGAUAAAAUGUCCAAGGUUAGAGAGCUUUAUCCUAGAGUCGACCCUCUCAAGUUACGAGAGCUACAGCCGCCUAUCAUUCUCCAAGCUGCGAGAGAAGAAGACUGGGACAUCGUGAAGUGUCUUGGAGAUCUCGGAGAAGACAUUGAUGUAUUGGAUGAGGAUGGGUGGGGUCUUGCACAAAGAGCCAUCCAACAAAACAAUCUUGAGAUAGUCAAGUGGCUCUUCUCAAUGGGUUCAACCUUAGGAUAUCGACGAACAUUCUAUUUGAAGGUCUCAACCGAAGACGGAGAGGACGAGCUUGUUGAUGAGGAUGCGACCCUGCUGCACUUCGCGUGUGAUUCACCCGACAUAAUGGGCUAUCUUCUAAAGCGAAAACUAUUUGAUGAUAUUAACGUCAUGACUGAGCGCGGACGAACGCCAAGUCAUCUUGCCGCAUUUACGGGAUCAUUCGAAUGUUGUCGAUUGUUGAUUCAACAUGGCGCCAACGUUUCAAUUCUAGAUCGAGACAACAAAUUGCCUUUUGACUAUGCCUUCGACAAUAAUUUUGGCGAGGUUGGAAAGCUCUUGUUCCCGUCGGGUUCUAAUUCGUCCAAGAUUGGGUCUCAAGGUGACAGUGAUAGAGGCCGAGAUCAUUCGUCUCAAAGGCUAAUAGAACUUGACCGACGUCAUUUAUUCGAAAAGGCAAUCCUUGCAGGAGAGCUUGAAAAGUGCAAGGAGAUUGCAAGUCAUGGUCUAUCUCUUGACCUUGUGCUUCCAAGCUGCGGCAAAUGCACACCCCUUUCUGCGGCAAUCCGGUCACAGAAGGAGAAUGUUGUGCAGUGGCUACUGGAGACAGGAGCGAAACCGACGAACGUGUUCUGCGAUCACAACACACAUGUAGAAGCGGUAAUGUUUGCCUUUUACUUAUUGCAGUCUCAGACUUGCCUAAGUACAAUCCUGACUUCUGCUCGUCAACACCCGACGCUAUGGUCUAUGUCGCUGACAGGAGCUAUUUACUAUACUGUCAAUAAAGGUGAUGUCGAGAUGUUAUCAAAGAUUCUAGAGGACCUCAAUCGUCACCUGGAAGCAUAUUGUAACGCCAGGGGGGGUAAUAGGGACGUGGAAUCUGAAACCCUCUCUGCCCCGAACUUUGGUCCAGUCUUUGUCAAUGAGCUAGUGUCAUAUGACAACCCAGCGAGGAAGGAAACCUCGCUCCAUUGCGCCGCAAGGGAGGGUUAUGCCGAAAUAAUACAUAUGCUCGUCAAGCAAGGCGCCAAGAUCGACUCCCGUGAUGGUAACGAGGCAACCCCCCUCUUUCAUGCCGCUCAAAACGACCACUCUGGAAUUGCCAAAAUAUUGAUCGAGUAUGGUGCGUCGGUGGAUUUGAAAGAUGAUGUGGGCUACACUGCCAUGGUCUAUGCAGUUAUGUGUGGCAACAUAAAGACGGCUCAGCUCUUGCACAGAGGAAGUCCUUUCGCCAUAAACUUCAUGUCCGUUGACGGAUCCAACCUUUUGGCACAAGACAUGACAAGCGAAAUGUUUCAAUACCUGAUCUCUAUGGGGCUCGACCCUGAACAUUUGGACCGAAGUGGUGUUCCAAUGGCGCAUCUAGCUCUUGGGUGGCAGGCCUCUCGCCAAUGCAUAUUUCAUUCACGUCUGAAAAUACCAAGCGCGCCGAACAUCCCCUUCAAGAGAUUUAACCCUUUGGCCGCAGCAGUGCUCGAUACAUCCUGUAGUACCAUUAAGCAGCUUUACUUGGUCCUACCGCCGUUAGUAGCGGCGGUGCUUAUCAAUGACGAAGAUUAUGAAUUUGGCAGCCCAUGCUGUAAUGCAUCUGCGAGUGGAAAGUUUGAUACAGUGAAAUUACUCCUAGCUCUUGGGUCAAACAUUGAGAUGGAGGGCUCGGGAUUUGGCACCCCGCUCAUGUGUGCCAUCGCUUGUGGAAGGCUUGAAAUUGUCAAAUUCCUCGUUCGAAACGGAGCAAAAUUACAAUACACGAGUGAGGAAGGGACCUAUAGAAGUGGGGUUAUAGCCAGCCUCCCAUUUCCAGAAGUGACUCGUUGGUUGCUCGUGGAGAGGUUUCGAGAUCAGCCAAGAUUGGGAAAUGGGGUUGCUGGGUUUGCUACAGACCAGAUUCCGUGGAGUGGGAAGCGAACAAUGAGAGUUGCGUUACGAGAUUGGGAAUUGCGGCGUUGGGGUGAGUCGUCACUGGAAUUCUGUACAAGGCUUGAGAAGAUCAAGAGAGGACUUAAUGGACGAACCGUUAAAGGACAGAUUAUUUGGAACGAGUUGGAAACAUAA